GGAGCCGCGUCCGUGCGCGGCGCUUCCCUUCCCGGCAAUUCCCGACCAUUCCCGGCAAUUCCCGGCAAUUCCCGGCAAUUCCCGGCAAUUCCCGGCCCUGUCCCGGCCCCGGCACCCUCCGCCCCUUCCCCCGUCCGGGCGCGGGGCUGCCGCGGUGCUCCGCGGGCCGGCUCGGCCGUGGCCGUGCCGCCGGGCUCGGAGCGGGUCGGGGCCGCUUGUGCGGGACUCGCAGGUGGGAGGAGGUGAGGCGGCGUCAUACAGGCCCUCGGGAGGCCCCGCUGCUCCAGUGGUCUGGUCUUCUACCCAAGUCAUGCCUGACUGGAUUACAAGUCAUUAAGUUACCUGUAAAAUUGAAUUUUAAAGUCCUGUAAUUACUCUGAGAGAAAAUGACUGCAAUCAAGCAUGCUUUGCAGAGGGAUAUUUUCACUCCCAAUGAUGAACGUUUACUGAGCAUUGUGAACGUGUGCAAAGCAGGCAAAAAGAAGAGGAACUGCUUUUUGUGUGCCACAGUGACAACGGAACGACCAGUCCAAGUAAACGUGGUAAAAGUGAAAAAAUCUGACAAGGGAGAUUUUUACAAAAGGCAGACUGCAUGGGCACUUCGAGACCUUGCUAUUGUUGAUGCCAAAGAUGCUGUUAAAGAGAGUCCUGAAUUUGAUUUGCAUUUUGACAAAGUGUACAAAUGGGUUGCAAGCAGCACAGUGGAGAAGAACACCUUCAUUUCAUGUAUCUGGAAACUUAAUCAGAGAUACCUUAGAAAGAAAAUUGACUUUAUUAAUGUUAGUUCACAGCUGUUGGAAGAAUCUGUUCCAAGUGGAGAGAAUCAAAGUGUAGCAGGAGGUGAUGAAGAAGCUGUGGAUGAAUACCAAGAGUUAAAUGCAAGAGAGGAACAGGAUAUUGAAAUAAUGAUGGAAGGGUGUGAGUACGCUAUUGCUAAUGCUGAAGCCUUUGCAGAGAAGUUGUCAAGAGAGCUGCAAGUGCUAGAUGGGGCAAAUAUUCAGUCCAUUAUGGCCUCAGAGAAGCAGGUGAAUAUCUUGAUGAAGUUGUUGGAUGAAGCUCUAAAGGAAGUUGACCAAAUCGAGCUAAAGCUGAGCAGUUAUGAAGAAAUGCUUCAGAGUGUAAAGGAGCAAAUGGAUCAAAUUUCAGAAAGCAACCACCUAAUUCAUCUCAGCAACACAAAUAAUGUUAAACUGCUGUCAGAGAUAGAGUUCCUCGUGAAUCACAUGGAUCUGGCUAAGGGCCAUAUAAAGGCCCUUCAGGAGGGAGAUCUGACAUCAUCUCGAGGCAUUGAGGCCUGCACUAAUGCAGCAGAUGCCCUUCUGCAAUGUAUGAAUGUAGCUCUUCGUCCAGGACAUGAUAUGCUUCAUGCAGUGAAGCAGCAGCAGCAGCGGUUUAGUGACCUGCGCGAGCAGUUUGCACGGAGACUUGCCAGUCAUUUGAACAGCGUAUUUGUUCAGCAGUUUACUCAGACCCUCCUUCAACUCUAUAACAGGUCCUCCUAUCAUUCAGUUCCAGGUCACGAUCAGAGUUCCACUCUUGCCCAGCACUCUGCUGAAUUGACAUUGCCCAAUCAUCAUCCAUUUCACAGAGAUUUACUUCGAUAUGCUAAACUGAUGGAGUGGCUCAAGAACACAGAUUAUGGAAAAUAUGAAGGGCUAACAAAGAAUUAUAUGGAUUAUUUAUCACGACUUUAUGAAAGGGAAAUAAAAGAUUUCUUUGAAGUUGCCAAGAUCAAGAUGACAGGCACAACCAGAGAAGGAAAGAAGUUUGCUACACUGCCUCGAAAAGAAAGUGCUGUCAAACAGGAAACUGAGAGUCUUCAUGGAAGUUCUGGAAAAUUAACUGGGUCUACUUCUAGUCUAAAUAAACUCUCUGUUCAGAGUUCAGGAAACCGUAGAUCUCAGUCAUCCUCACUGUUAGACAUGGGAAACAUGUCUGCCUCUGACCUGGAUGUGGCUGACAGAACAAAAUUUGAUAAGAUUUUUGAGCAAGUAUUAAGUGAACUAGAGCCUCUGUGUCUGGCAGAACAGGACUUCAUUAGUAAAUUUUUCAAGCUACAGCAACAUCAGAGCACCUCUGGAACAACAACGAGUGAAGUGGAGGAAGUGGAUGGAGUAGCUUUAUCUCGUUCAUACAGUUCUGGUGUUCCACAAACAGUAUCAUCUGAGAAGGACAUGAUCCGACAAAUGAUGACAAAAAUAUUUCGUUGUAUUGAACCUGAGCUGAAUAACCUUAUAGCACUGGGAGACAAGAUUGAUAGCUUUAAUUCCCUUUAUAUGUUAGUUAAGAUGAGCCAUCAUGUAUGGACAGCACAAAAUGUGGACCCUGCGUCCUUUCUCAGCACAACUCUUGGAAAUGUUUUGGUGACUGUCAAAAGGAACUUUGAUAAGUGCAUUAGUAAUCAGAUGAAGCAGAUGGAUGAAGUAAAAAUCUCAAAGAAGAGUAAAGUUGGGAUCCUUCCAUUUGUUGCUGAAUUUGAAGAGUUUGCAGCCCUUGCUGAAUCGAUUUUCAAAAAUGCAGAACGACGAGGAGAUCUAGAUAAAGCCUACAUAAAACUUAUUAGAGCUGUCUUUGACAGUGUUGAGAAAGUAGCUAAUGAAAGCCAGAAGACACCCAGGGAUGUCGUCAUGAUGGAGAACUUCCAUCAUAUUUUUGCAACACUUUCUCGCUUGAAAAUUUCUUGUCUGGAGGCUGAGAAAAAAGAAGCCAAACAAAAGUACACUGAUCAUCUUCAGUCUUACGUAAUCUACUCACUUGGACAGCCUCUUGAGAAAUUAAAUCAUUUUUUUGAAGGUGUUGAAGCUCGUGUGGCACAAGGUAUACGAGAAGAGGAAGUAAGCUAUCAGCUGGCUUUUAAUAAACAAGAGCUUCGUAAAGUUAUAAAGGAAUAUCCUGGUAAAGAAGUGAAGAAGGGAUUAGAUAAUCUCUACAAGAAGGUAGAUAAACAUCUCUGUGAAGAAGAAAACUUACUUCAGGUUGUGUGGCAUUCCAUGCAAGAUGAAUUCAUACGACAAUACAAGCACUUUGAAGGGCUGAUAGCUCGCUGCUACCCUGGAUCAGGAAUUACCAUGGAAUUCACUAUACAGGAUAUUUUGGACUAUUGCUCCAGUAUUGCACAGUCUCAUUAAGUUCUAGAAGGGGAAAGAGAAGCUAGGAAAGUGUAUGCCUGUGUAUAAAGGAAUCAAACACUAUAAAUGUUACUGGGUUUUAAAAGGUGGAUUUCCAUGUGUGUGUAGGUAACUGCCAUAUAUGUUGAGUAACACUCCUGCUUCAAAUGCCUUUCAGGACAAAACAAAACCUUCGGGGAUUUGUUGUGCUUCUACUCGGCUGAAGUACUGUUUGAAAGCAUUAAUUCUGUGAGACACUUUGGAUACAGUUUUUCCCUUCCCCUAAUAUUAAAAUAUUUUUAUUUAUAAUACCUUCUCUUGCCAAAAGCUGUAAGCACUACCUUCAUAGUAUGCCAAAAGAAUACUACUGUUUUCACUAAUAUUUUGCAUUGUAGAAUUAUGUAAGCAUUGAAGACUACCAGGUAUUUUCCCUUCCUUGUUCCAGAAAGUAUGGAUGUAGAACUUUGUGCAGUGGGAAUUCAUGUUCUGAGAUGUAAUGUGUCUAUGGCUGUAAUUCUUAAUUAAACUGUUAAUCAUAUUCUUUAUUUCUGUGGAAUUAUUUCAAAAAGGUGAAUAUAUCCGAAGGAGUUAACGCCAUUGUUUUGCUGCUGGCUACUGAAGAGUUGUUCCAUUUCUGCACCCACGUUGCUUUUCUUCCUUUUAGUAAAUAUUAUGUAGGAUCAGUAUACUCUAACCUCAUGUAAACCCUUCCUCCUCCUGGAGCUUUAGCUGCCAGGGAUUCAGGACCUAGAUUUUCUGUACAGCUUGGUGAAAUUGCCAAGUUGUUGGGUAAAGGUGGGGUGUAUGUGGGAUAGAAAAAGGUACAAUC